GGUCCUGGUAGGCAUUACACAGGAAGAGAGCCGUGUUGGAAAAAAAAGAGACGGGACGCCCUCCUCUUCUUCCUCCUCCUCCUUCUGUUGGCGGAUAACGGUGCCCAAGAAGUUAUUCAGGACCGACGCAGACAAUAGCGCCGAGACCUUCUAUCCAGCUGUGAUCCACGGUCAUCACUACUGAUUAAUGGUGUCUGCGCUGUGUCACAAAGAGGGAAACAGUCGGCUGAGAUCCUAUCAUGGAGGAUUUGGGAGUGCCUGAGCCGCUUAACUACCCUCUCAGUCCUCGUAUUGUUGUGUUUGAUGCCCUCCUUGCUGAUCUGGAGAACACAGGCUCCCCUUUACCUCGGUGUCCCGUCCUGCUCACCUCUGACCCGCCUCAAAAUGCCGAUCCCACCACCCAGGACCCAGCCCAGAGCCGGCCGCCGCCUCCUGCAUACACCCCGCAGCAGACCGUUUCUUCAGCAAUGAAGACUACACAGAACUCCACCCCUGACAAAUUAUACAGCACAGUGUGUAAACCGCGCUCUCCCCGAAGCGCAGAUCCUCCUCUGGCCUUCUCUUCCUCCUCGCUGCUGGGGGGAGGUCUGAGUGAACUGGACCAUCUGCUACAGGAACUCAACGCCACCCAGUUUAACAUCACAGAUGAGAUCCUGGCUCAGUUCCCUUCUUCUAAGAAAGAUGAGAGGGAUAAUAUCAAGGAUAAAGCACCAACCUCCUCCUCCAGCUCUGCGAAGCCUUCUGCAACAUCGGCCACAUUGGAACUGGACAAGCUGAUGGCUUCGCUGUCUGACUUCAGAGUCCAGAGCACCCCAGCUGCACCUGUCACUCCAGCGCCCGUUACAGCAUCACCGCAGCAGCCGGCCGCUGCCCCUCCUCAGCCUCCUUCAUCAGGAGGCUCACUGGACAGCAUGCUGGGGCUCCUCCAAUCAGACCUGACCCGACAAGGAGUGCAAACGUCCUCUAAGGGGAACUGCUCAGCCUGCCAAAAGCCGGUUGUCGGACAGGUGGUGACAGCUCUGGGGAAGGUGUGGCACCCCGAGCACUUCGUGUGCACCGAGUGUGAGACGGAGCUGGGCAGUCGAAACUUCUUCGAGAAGGACGGGCGGCCGUACUGCGAGCCGGACUACUUCACGCUGUUCUCCCCUCACUGCGCGCACUGCAACAAACCCAUACUGAACAAAAUGGUCACGGCUCUGGACAAGAACUGGCACCCAGAGUGUUUCUGCUGUGUGAAGUGCAGCCGCGCCUUUGGAGAGGAAGGUUUCCAUGACCGUGAGGGCCAGCAGUACUGCCAGCAGUGCUUCUUGACUUUGUUUGCUUCCCGCUGUCAAGGCUGCAGCCAGCCCAUCCUGGAAAACUACAUCUCAGCUCUAAACUCUCUCUGGCACCCACAGUGCUUUGUAUGUCGGGAGUGCUACAGCCCCUUCGUCAACGGCAGCUUUUUCGAGCACGAGGGCAAGCCGCUGUGCGAGGCCCACUACCACCAGUCCCGCGGCAGCAUGUGUCAGGCCUGCCAGCAGCCCAUCCUGGGGCGCUGCGUCACCGCAAUGGGGGCCAAAUUCCACCCGCAUCACCUCGUGUGUCACUUCUGCCUGAAGCCGCUGAGCAAAGGCUGCUUCAAGGAGCAGGAGAACAAACCCUACUGCCACCCCUGCUUCAUCAAGCUCUUUGGUUGAGGGCCCAGCAGGUCUUCGCCAGCCUGCCCUGAGAAGAAGCCCUAAUAUGACUCUCAGUUCUCUCUUUUUUUUUCAUUUUUUUGUUACUGUGGGAGUUAGGGCGGAGCUGGACUCUUUGUAAAUUUUGAAGAAUAUCUGAGUCAGCAGAGAGAUGAGGAGGAAGACAGAAUCAUCCAACCCAAACCAGCCCUAUUUUAUUUUAACCAUGGACUUUCAGUGCAAGGUUACAAACUUUAUCACGGCUCAGAAACAAAAACACAGUGUGUUUAAAUGAAAUGAAAAUUACGUUUUGCUACCAGGUGUAAAAAGAAGCAUACAUUUAUACAUCAUUUGAGAAUUUUUCCUGUUGUGCAAGGAAAUCCCCUUUUAAUAUAUUUGCUUUGUAUUGCAGAAAUUAUCCACGUCACUGCAACUGCAUUUUUAUACCGUAUGCUGACUGCUACAUUUGUUUGUUUUUUCAUUAUUCAUUCACUAUUGCGCUGUGCAAAAUGCCAAAAAUGAUUCCAAAGAAUAAAAUGAAAGCGAACGCGACUUGUUUUUGAGUGUUGAUGUUUCUUUAAAUUCACACGAGUCAGCUUUAAAAAUAAAAAGCUCCUCUGCAGAAAGAAAUAUUUGAUCUACUCCACUAUUGGCAAGAACCUGGUGACAGUGGGAAGGAAAAUCUGCCUCUUAAUAGAAGAAACCUCCAGCAGAAGCAGUUGGUUGUGAUAAAAGUCUGGUGAGAAAAUUUACAAGCAUCAGGCAUAAGAAGAUAAAGAUUAUUGAUAGGUUAUACGAUUGGAUGUUGAAAGGGCAGUUUGAUAAUUUUAUUUCUAUUUUUCAGUCAUAAGUUUGUGUAUGAUAAGCAGUUGAUUUAUACAGAAUUACUGUAAGUCAUUUGCUGUGCAGGGUGAGACGGUAAAUACUUUAGUUUUUGACUCCUUUACAAUAAAUAGAGGAGAAAUAUACACUCACCAGCUAAGUACACCUAGCUUUGUGAGAUGGCACAAGAACCAGCUGGAAGCAGAAUGCAGAAGAUGGUACACUGUGGUGAUAAAAGGAUGGAGAUAGUCAGGAAUGAUACUCAGGUGGGCUGUGAUGUUUAAACGAUGCUCAAUUUCUACUGAGACCUAACAUGUUCCAAGAUAUCCACCACAACGUUACAACACCUGCAUCACUUAUGGAAGGCAGGAUGGAUCCACGC